GUGUUAUUCGCCUCCAUCGCUCAGCCCAUCCGCAGCUAACCAGCUUCCCGGGCCUGGUUGGCUAUCUGGCUCCGUAUCGCGAACAUUUGAUGCGUUAUCACGCCAUAGCACUCCAAUCAGCCUGCCCACCACUAGUGCUGCGUCUAGCUUCGUCUAGAACUCUCCUUCGCUUUAAAACCCUGCAGCCUCCGCGGAAAUACCAUCGCCUCAUACUUCGUCGCAUCAUCGUGAACGCAGACCGCAGACCAUUCUCGCCAUGUUCCCCGACGACAAGAAGCAGCCGGGCCAGCAGCCGGCUGACGUCGAUGAGUUCGAUUCCGAUGGCUACAGUUCGGCGGAGAUCCUGAAUGCUUUGAAGACUGAAGACGAUCAACAUGAGAUCCAGCUCCGAACCAUGUCGUGGCAGAAGGGCGCAUGGCUGCUGUGCGGAGAACAGGUCUGUCUCGCCAUCAUGUCGCAGUCGUGGUCGCUUUCAGUGCUGGGGUGGGUGCCAGGAAUCAUCACUAUGUUGGUCUCGGGGAUUUUGUUCUGGAUUACUUCGACUACUAUGCACAAAUUCAUCAUGAAGCAUCCACAGAUUCGGAAUAUUUGCGACUUUGGAUACUAUGCGUUUGGAAAGAGUCGAGCCGCCUACGUCUUUGGCGGAUUCAUGCUGAUGGCCAACAACGUCCUAUUGAUCGGCUUCCACAUCUUAACGGGCGCCAAGAUCCUUAACACUUUGUCAGAUCAUUCUCUGUGCACGGUUGUCUUCUCAGUGAUCUGCACGAUCAUGGGCGUUGUGCUCUCUGUGCCUAGGACAUUGCGCCAUGUCUCCUUCAUGUCCAUGUUCUCAUCGGCCUGUAUGGGUAUCUCUAUUCUCCUGUUCCUCGUCUUUGCGGGUAUCGAGAAGGCACCACUAUACGGGUACAACGGCAGAUACCCUACAGACGGUCCCGUGCACACCUACGCCUUCCCCCUUCCUGGGACGACCUGGGUCAACUGCAUGAACGCGGUCCUCAAUAUCACCUUCCUCUGGGUGCCUCAGAUUCUCUUCCCGACUUUCAUCUCCGAGAUGGAGCGCCCGCAAGACUUUCCCAAGGCCCUCGCUGUCCUGACGGGUAUCUCGGUAUUCCUGUUUAUUGUCCCCCCAGCCAUCGGUUUCCGGUACCUGGGCCAGUACGCCACCGCGCCGGCAUUCGGCAGCUUAGGGACUGCUGCGUACAAAAAGGCGUCGUUCGGGUUCGUCAUCGCGCCCACGCUCAUUAUCGCCGUCAUCUACGCCAACGUCAGCGCCAAAUUUGUGUUUGGGUACCUGAUGGGUCAGUCGCGACACGCACACAGCAACACGGUGAUUGGCUGGGGGGUGUGGCUUGGCCUGAUGGCGGUGAUCUGGGUCCUGGGUUUCAUUUUCUCGGAAGUCAUUCCUAGUAUGGGAGACUUCUUGUCGCUGCUCGGUGCUGCAUUCGACUCGUUCUUCGGGUUCAUUUUCUUUGCCGUCGCGUACUGGCAGCUUUACCGGGGCAAGUUGUUUGCAGGCGUGGUACGCAGUAUGAUGACGGUGAUUCAUGUCAUCGUGAUGGCGUGUGGGUUGUUCCUGUUGGGCCCGGGCCUGUACGCUGCCGUCGAGGCGAUUAUCGCGGACUAUUCGGGGUCGGUAUCGCCAGCGUUCAGUUGUGCUAAUCUGGCUUUGUGAUGUGUGAUGAUAUAGUUUUGAUUGUCUAAUGAAUGACAGUGCCGUGCACAUACCCCAAAGUACCAUGGAUCAAAUGAUGGUAAUUUCGGCCCGACCAGAGAUUUCAGGUUCCGUGUUUGUACUUUCCCUCAAAAUAUAA